CAUUUGCUAGCAUACUCAAGACAUUUAGCUCGUCACGUUACAAGAAAAAAAACCAGUAUGGCUGUGUCACCGGCAGUGACAACAUUGUUUGAGAAUUCAAAUGAAGUAUUUCUAGACGCCGCCAAGUUGUUACUUACAUACGCGGACAACAUUUUAAGGUAUCCCAAUGAGGAAAAAUACAGAUCAAUCCGCAUAGGCAAUCCUACUUUCUCUACGAAGCUGUUGCCAAUCAAAGGUGCUGUGGAAUGUCUCUUUGAGAUGGGAUUUGAGGAGGCUGAGACCCACCUUGUGUUCCCCAAGUCUGCAUCUGUGAAACAGCUUAAGCUCAUCAGGGAAUCCAUAUCGGCAGAGAGGGAUCGGAGACUGUGUGGAGGACAGCCUUUCCAACCCACCACUCAGACUGCUGCCUCAACCUCAGCCUUAGCUUCAGCACCGGAGAGCACUACUGCUGCCUCCAGCCAGCAAGUUACACAGCCAUCAUCCUUGGAGAACAGUAUGAGUUUCUUUGUGACUCUCCAGUCAAACUUUCAACAUGUUAUGCUGUAUGAAAAUCUUGAGCUGCAGCAGAAAGCUAGGAGCUUCAUCCCUCACCAGCAGCUGUCCUCUGCUGCUGAACAAAAGCUGAAGGAGGUGAAAGAGGCUGAUCCAGAAUGUAAACUUGGAAUAGAGGACUUCCUGGUGCUGGAGUUGCUCAGAUGGUUCAAACAGGACUUUUUCUCCUGGGUGGACUGUCUGCCCUGCAGCAGCUGCGGAGGCCCCACCCAAAACGCCAGCUCCCUCAGUCCAACCACCGAUGACCUCCGCUGGGGAGCCCAACGAGUAGAGAACCACUACUGUCAGAGCUGCUCGCUCCCUACUAGAUUCCCCAGAUAUAACAGUCCUGAGAAGCUGCUUGAAACCAAGAGGGGACGCUGUGGGGAGUGGGCUAACUGUUUCACACUGUGCUGCAGAGCCCUGGGCCUGGAGGCCAGAUAUGUCUGGGACAGCACAGACCAUGUGUGGACAGAGAUUUACUCUGUCUCUCAGCGUCGUUGGCUGCACUGUGACUCAUGUGAGAACGUCUGUGAUAAGCCUCUACUGUAUGAGGUUGGCUGGGGGAAGAAGCUGGCCUACGUUCUGGCUUUCUCUAAGGACCAGGUGGUUGAUGUGACGUGGAGGUAUUCCUGCAAACACCCAGAGGUUUUGUCGAGAAGGACCAAGGUUCAGGAGGCCUGGCUGCUGCACACCAUUAAUGGGCUCAAUGCCUCGAGGCAGCAGUCCCUGAGUCCAGAGAGGAAGAAGGAGCUGACAGAAAGGCUACUUGUCGAGCUGGUGGAGUUUAUUUCGCCCACCAAAAAACAAACAGGAGAGCUGGGCGGACGCAACUCUGGCUCUCUGGCCUGGAGGAUAGCACGGGGGGAGACCAGAAAUGUUGACACAGGGACCCCUACACAGGCUGCAGGUUAUGUGUUCACUCCUACUGAGAAAGAGAGGAGUGACAGGUUACUGCAUGUGCGCUACAUUUCCACCAAAGACCAGUACUGUAGAGUGUCCAACAACUCUGAGGUCAUUCAGAACUGGGAUCAGUGUGUGUGGAGGAAGGAGUCAGUCUUCAGAAAGGUGGAGAAUGACUGGCAGAUGGUGUACAUAGCUCGAACAGAAGGCGCCUCAAUGGGAAGAAUCAGCUGGAAGUUUGACUUUGCUCCUGUGGGAAUGAAGAUAAAGUCUGUCUCAAUUAUGGCCAGUAGCCAGACCUUCCACUCUGGAAAAAUGUGCUGGCACAUGCAGGCAGGCCAGAUUACUACAGAGUUCUCUGGAGAUGGGAAGUUGCAGUCAUUCCAGAGUUUAUCCGGCUCCUCAGAGUUCAUUGUUGUAGCAGAACUCAGUGGUGGAGAAGGGGAGACAUCAUGGCAGCAGUCUCAGAUCUUCAGACAUAGCUUAAAGGAGCCAGAAGAGUCUUCAUUUGAAGUCCUCAUCCACUUAGAAGAUGCUUAACAGUUGGACCCCAUAUUAUUUUUGGUUACUUGCUUAUUGUUUGGAUGAAUAUUUGACUGUCUGUCAGUGUGUCAUUUAAUACUGGGUAUUUUUACACCUUGCCCCCAGUUACAUACAUGUGUAACAAUAAAUUAGGCAAAUUAAUGUAUGUGUUGGUGUAAUGGAAAGGGCUGAAUGUUAGAAAAUAUAUACGGUGGUAUAAUAAAGAUAUUUUUGUAGUCUGGUA